AUGGUGGUGGAGAAGAAGAACUCGGCACGGGUGGAGGCCGGCCAAAGGAGAGUUCUGGACGAUGCCACACGCCAGAGGAGGCUUAGUCGGCAGCUUGAAGCUUUGGAGAAAGACAACUUCCAGGACGACCCUCUGAGCUCGCUCCCCGCGCCAGGUCCGACCGCCCGCCUACCAGCCUUCAGUGAAACGGAGGAGCCUGAGAAGAAGAAGAGGAAGACGCGAGGCGAUCACUUCAAGUUGCGAUUUAGGAAAAACUUCACGGCGCUCCUCGAGGAGGAGAACUUGGCGGACAAGCCGGAGCCCAACUACCUUUCGGCGCUGGCCCCGCCCUCGUCGCUGCCCCCUCGCCAUUUCUGCUGCGUGUGCGGCUUUCCGUCCAACUACACUUGCACGACCUGUGGGGGGCGUUAUUGCUGCGUCAAGUGUUUGAUUACACACCGAGAAACAAGGUGCCUCAAGUGGACGCUGUGACGGACAUUACCCCAAUGCCUUGGUAACAUAUUCACCUCUUCCAGGAACAAAAACUUGUACAGUAAUCCCCCAAUUACUUGCGAUUUCAUACUUUCCCCAGCUUUUUUUUAAAUCCGCAUUACUGUGAAGCCUCGCUAUAUCGCGAUUCAUUGUUCACCAAUGCCACAGUUUGUAGUUUUUAAAAUUAUUUUAUUUUAUGGGGUUUACGGCAUGCUGGCAAGUCUGAAUUUAGGGUUGCGUGUCUUCAGUGUAUGUACCACGCUGUGCUUCAACUUGCCCGGGCAGCACUGAACUCUACGAGUAGAGAUGUAGUUAUUAUUAAUAGCAAGAAGAAGAGGAAGCAACUUAAGUGGAAUGGCAGAGCAUGUUUUGUUGUCUCACCGAGCAAUAAGACCACCACAUCCCUGUUGUUAGAUGCUCUGCUCGUAUGUGUUGUUGCUCCAUGUGUAAGUUGCAAUUAAUUUAACAUCGAUACAGAUUUUUUUUGCUCUUAUAUGGCCUUUCAAAUUGUAUAAUUUGAUUAAGAUAGCAAACUUUCUUGAGGUGGUUCACCAUUUUGAUGUUUAAAUAAAUAUACAACGUUUAACUCUCUUGUUUGAUGUGUCAACUGGGAGUGACAAAUUAAACAGCUUGAAGCAAACUUGCUCUGCCUGUCACUCAGUGAACUGUGUGAAAGAGUGAGAGUAGGCAUCGAAGAAUACUUUUAAAAUGUGUUUUAAACUCACUUGCUUGCCUGCGACCCUGAUCACUAAAUGCCAAUCUCACCCAUGAGUUCAUGCAUGAUCUCGUUCACAUGUGA